AUGGUCGGAAGCAAUGCAUCUUCAUUCACUCAGUCUAGUCCGGAGUCUCAGGAUGCCAUUCAGAUGCGUGCUGGGCAAAUGCAGCAGAUCAUAUCAGAUGCCACGGCUUCUCGAAUCAUGAACGAUUCCACGAUCCAGCGACUGCAGGAGAUCAGAGUGAAUGAUCGAGAAAAAAUGGGAGGAGAGAGCUCAGGAGGCUCGCGUGACCAUGAGUCAAGCCCUGUUCAAUCGUCUGGAGAGAGAGGAGAGCGUAUUGAGAAAUCACAUCGUGAGUCAAACGCAGCCGACGAGCUGGCUUGGGCAAUCGUUAAACAAAAGCUCGCCUCACUUCGUCAACCUCGCAUCCAGUCUGCUAAUGAGGAACUCUUCCUCGAAGACCUGGCCAAGAUUCUGGGAUGGUCUUCCGAGGAUAAGGCUACUACUGGCAUUCCUCAGUCCAUCCUCGCUGCCGCACCACAUCUGGCAACUAUUCUGCCAACCUCACAGGAUUCUCAUCUGGCUGAGAUGUUCCACUUGCAUCAGCUUAACCCUAUCCUCGACCUCAUGCAGCAGCAGGGUCUGCAAGUCCCACUGCCACGAUCCAUCUGGAAAGACAUACUUUUGGAUCAAUAUGUUAACUACGAGAAGCUCUUCGCAUCCAUGGAGUUGGGCUAUGACCAUGAUGAUGAGCCUAAAGACUUGGCGGCUGGCUUCACUAUCAUUAAGAAGGAUCACUCCUCAUCUCGUCACCCGAUCCGGAUCUAUGGUGCAUGGGCAGAUGGGUAUCGGACAAUUAUCUUGAAACUGUUUCAUUCGAUGUCAUCUGAUCCGGAUGCAUAUCAUAAAUCUCCAUUUCAUCUCGACAAUCGAGCUCGCCUUCAGGUCCACAUUUUCUCUGAGAUUAUGCGUUCAUCUUCGCACUCUGCCCUGGGCAAAAGGUCUUCAUGUGCCGCUACACCAUGCAUUAACUGGAAUUUGGAGCGCUGCAAUGAUGAUGAUGACCACUGCGCCAAUCAGCGCAAACAUGGAGUCUGCUGUGAGUGCAGAGGUCAGCAUCAAGUGAAGGACGAUUCAGCAUGCUAUGCCACAUUCAAAGCGCAAAAAGAAAAGGGAAGCGGUGAAAGCAGCAGAGGUGGCUCAAGCAGCAGCGCGAGGACCUAG